AUCAAGAAAUGGCGCCAUGUCGUAAACUGAUUUACUCGAUCCUCAUUUUGAUCUUUCUUCUCCCACUCCCCUUCUCCGCCAGAAUUUUCAGAGCUAUAGAUGAUCAAAGACGCGCUUCUUCAUCAAAGCCUCCAGGAUAUGCAUACGGAGACCAAAUUCCUCUGUUCGCCAACAAAGUAUUUGGGGCCGAUGAACGAUGCGAUGCAGACUCAUAUUUUUCGCUUCCAUUUUGCCCUCCAGGAGAAAAACUACACAAAAGAAAGAAAUCCCUGAAUGAAAUUCUGGCAGGCGAUUGCUUAACCAACACUCAAUACGAUUUGAGAUUCGGCGUUCCAGUGUCGGAGGGCUUCCUUUGCGAUAAGUAUAUGACAGAAGAUGAUCUCAAAAGGUUUAAGACUGCCAUUGAAAACAAAUUUGAGUACCAAAUGUACUUCGCCGACAUCUGGUUUGGAAGUAAGGUGGGGGAAGCCAUUGAAGAAACAGGAUUAGGGAAGAAAUAUUAUCUUUUCAAUCAUAUUGAAUUCAACCUCGAUUUCAUGGAGGAUCAAGUGAAGGGCGUUAAUAUUGUAAACAGUCUCGAUUUUUCUGUGGCUAUAACCAAUAUUACUGAAACCCCUGUGGAAUUUUCGUACUCAGUCGUCUGGAAUGAAAUCAAACCCACGAACAAUUCGAGUUACUUUAAAUCCUGGAACAAAGCUCCAUAUGGGAAAGCCUCGUGGGUUUUGGAAGAGAAUCGAGGCUUGUUUUGGUCGGGAAUUUGGCUUUGGACUACCAUUUCCUUUUGGUGGGUCGCAUUGCCUCUUGUAGUUGCUUCGCCGUAUCUGUUUCGGUAUGUCACGUUGAACAGACAACCUCAUCAAGGUAGUCGUUUCAAUGAUAAAGUGUGCCAGUGUCCGAUGUUCACAUCCUUACUCGGUGCUUUAUUGGGCGUUGGAACUCAGCAUCUAAUCAUAAUUGUAUUGCUUUUUGUUUCUGCAUACCAGGGUAUCUACCCCUGCAACCGUGAAAGAAUCUCUGUUGAUAUUGUCUUGGCAUAUUGUCUAACAUCAGUACCGUCUGCAUUUAUAGGCAGAUCAUUUCAUGAGAAAUUUUCCCCACUUAAAUUGAAAGAAUGUGUCUUUCUAACGGGAGCGCUCUACUUUUAUCCGGCGUUCCUAGCUGUUCUUCUAGCAAAGAUAUUCGUGUCGAAUAGCUUAAUGGUGAACGAUGCAAUCUAUAUUCUGUCAAUAGCAGGAAUUGGCAGUGCCAUUUUAGUGUACCUAUGUUGCAUAGCAACAAGGAAGUGGUAUGAACCAGAGCAUGAUGUUACAGCUUGUGCCACCAGAAUGGUAGACGUAUUUAACCCACCAGCUUCCAGUUUAUGGUAUAUGAAGACACCUGCUCAGAUGGUUCUUGUGGGGCUUUCAGUCUUCUUGCCUGUCUGCUUGGUAAUGGAUGACAUCUAUGCAAGCUUGUGGGGUUUGAAGGUGUGCGGGUCAUUCUUCACCUUAUUUGCAGUCUUCUCAACUGUGAUCAUAACUACCAUAAUUUCUGCGUAUGCGCUUACUGGUGUCCAGUUACUCAAAAAUGACUACAACUGGUGGUGGAGAUCAGUGUUACGCGGGGGGUCACCUGCCAUACUCAUGUUUGUUUAUGGCAUCUACUUCCUUUCCAAGAUCAAAACUGAAAGUGACAGAGAGUUCCUCCCUCUUUUGGUGUACAAUUGUUGCAUUUGCUACUCAUUGUUUCUGGUUCUAGGAACUGUAAGCUUCAGAGCUUCGCAUUUCGCCUUUAGAUUCUACAUGGCUGUAGUCGCCAAGAAACGGUCCUAAAUGUAAAACUCCUCAUCUUUUAGCCUUCUGCUAUUGUGCUGUCCGUCUGUACAUGUUCUUGUUUGAAAACAAUUAAUGUUCUUGUGUUCUUCUCCA